AUGACGCGUAUCACAGCCUCUCUUGCCGGAGUCGUCGCUGUCAUCCUCGCCAUCGUCAUCCAAAGCCAUGCCGUACCCGGCACAUUAGGAUGGUGGGAACGUGAUAUCCCACCACCAGCCUCCAGCUCGGCAGCUGCAACAUCACCGGCAGAACCAAUACCAACAACGUCACCUGAUAAUUGCAACCAGGCCUUUUUUACUAGUAUCCUACCGCCCGAAGCAAGCCUGGAAAAUAUCGCGGCUGUUCCGGAUGGCGGCAGCCAUGGUGAAGGAAAGGCGAAUAUUGCGUAUCCGACUGACCCGACGAACCUUCCUGCAUUAUGUGCGGUGACGGUCAACGUGACGAGUUCGCCGUCGAGUAGCUAUCGGUUUGGGCUGUUCUUGCCGAUGCCGACGGAGUGGAGCGGGAGGUUUCUUGCGGUUGGAAAUGGAGGGUUUGCGGGGGGGAUAAAUUGGCUUGAUAUGGCCCCCGGCACACAUUACGGCAUGGCAACCGUCUCAUCUGACCUUGGCCACAACGGGUCUGUAAUCGACACAUCUUGGGCUAUCAACCAGCCUGAAAAGAAGACCGACUGGGGAUGGCGUGCCCUUCAUGGAACCGUUAUGCUCGGCAAGAAGCUUACAGCCGCCUACUACGGCAGCGAUAUCACUUACUCGUACUAUAGCGGCUGCUCUACGGGUGGCCGCCAGGGUCUCCGCGAAAUCCAAGAAUUUCCCGACUCCUUUAACGGCGUGCUUGUCGGUGCCCCAGCGUGGUGGACUUCCCACCUCAACAACUACUUCACCCAGCUAGGCAUGUACAACCUUCCCAACACCAGCGACUCGUACAUCCCGACGCCCUUACUCCAAGUCGUCGCCGAUGAAGUCGUCCGCCAAUGCGACCUAGCCGACGGUCUUCAAGACGGCAUUAUCAUCCGUCCCGAUCUCUGCACUUUCAACUCCUCCCUCCUUCUCUGCCCAUCCAACGAAACAACACCAACCUGCUUAACCAACCCCCAACUCUCUACCCUCGCCAAAAUCUACUCCUCGCACCACCACGAAACCACAGGCGAACUCAUCUACCCGGGCCUGACCCUCGGCUCCGAAGCCCAAUGGUGGGCCAUCAUAGGCAACACCAACGGCGUUCCCUCCCCCUUUGGCAUCGGCUACCAGCGCAAUUUUUUGUUUGACAACGCCACCUGGAACUACACAGCCCUCUACUCCGAUUUCGUCGUCGACCUCGCUGAACGACUCGACCCAGGCCAAGCAACAGCAGAUCACUACGACAUUUCCGCCUAUAAAUCUCGUGGUGGCAAGAUCAUUCUCUACCAUGGCUUGGCAGACGGGUUAGUCCCCACCAAGGGGUCGGAACUUUACUACCAGCGGACUAUGCAGUACUUUGGCGACGAAACGACAGAGUUCUUCAAGAUGUUCUUGAUACCAGGGAUGCAGCACUGCUGGGCCAGUCCGGCGGGGGUGGAUGCGCCGUGGAAUAUUGGCGGGGCGUUCCAGGCUGGUGUGAUGGGGUCCGGAGUCUGGUCGGUGCCCGGGUUCGAGGGGAGUGAGGAGCAUGAUGCGUUGGUGGCGCUGAGGAAGUGGGUGGAGGAGGGGAGGGAGGUGAGGCAGUUGGUGGCGACGAGUUGGAGGGCGGGAAUGAAUGCUAGUAGUGGGGUGAGGAGACAGAGGAAGGUUUGUGCUAGAUAUCUACUGACCGGCCACAUCGCCUCUCCCGGUUGUCUUCGUGCCCGUGUCGCACUUCCCGGCAAGAAUACGCGCGUAGCUCUCGGCGGUGCUCCUCUCCCCUCGCGACAGCUUCAGCCUCGUCAACACGCCCGCCACCUAACGACUGAAACCUCCCCCGCGAACCCCUCAACCACAACCUCUUCUCCCGCCGCCGCCGCCCCCUUCCGCAAACAACUCAAAGAACAAGCCAAAGCCCUCAAAAAGUCGGGCCACAAGAAGAAAAAGAGCAGCGACAACCAAACAGUCCCCGGCUGGGAACUCACCGUCGGCAUCGAGAUCCACGCCCAACUCAACACCGCCCACAAGCUUUUUUCGCCCGCAGCCACGUCCUUCAACGACCCGCCCAACACCCACGUCGCCCCCUUCGACCUCGCCCUCCCCGGCUCCCAACCGCUUUUCCAGCCCGCCACACUGAUUCCCGCCGUCCGCGCCGCUUUGGCUCUCAACUGCUCCAUCCAGCCCGUCAGUCGGUUCGACAGGAAACAUUACUUCCACUGGGACCAGCCGAGCGGGUACCAGAUCACGCAGUUUUACGAGCCGUUUGCCAAAGAUGGCUUCAUCACGCUCUACGCCAGGGACGGGAUCGCGGCGGAGGAUGGGGAAGAGAUAAAAGUCGGGAUCAAACAGGUGCAGAUGGAGCAGGACACGGCCAAGACUACGGCACAACCGGGCGAUGUCCAGUGGUUGGAUUUCAAUCGCGUCGGGGUUCCCUUGAUUGAGAUCAUCACGCUUCCCGAAAUCCACCACCCCGCUACGGCGGCGGCGUUGGUGAGAAAGGUGCAGAUGGUUUUGGCGAGUGUGGAUGCGUGUGUGAGCGGGCUGGAGGAGGGCGGACUAAGGGCGGAUGUGAAUGUUUCGGUUAGGAGGACGGAUGAUCCCAGUGGGAAGUUGGGCACGAGGACGGAGAUCAAGAAUUUGAGUAGCUUCAAGGCGGUCGAGGAUGCGAUCAUUGCCGAGAGGGAUAGGCAGAUUAAGCUACUGGAGGAAGGAGGGGAGGUGAAGGGGGAGACGAGGGGAUGGAGCUUGGGAAGCACGGAGACGAGAAGGCUCAGAGGGAAGGAAGGCGAGGUGGAUUAUCGGUAUAUGCCUGAUCCGGACCUAGGGCCGGUGGUGAUCGGGGGGGAUCUGGUGGCAAGGUUGAGGGAGACGAUGGGGGUGUUGCCAGACCAGGAGGCAGAUCAGUUGAUGGAGAGGUAUAACCUCAGCGCCAAGGAUGCCUUGUCGUUGAUGUUGCUUGAUGGUGGAGCUAGGAUUCAGUACUUCUACAAUGUGCUUGACUCCCUUGAGGAACGCCUCGCCGCCGAUGGGCAAGUCGUUCCAGAAGGCGCGGAACACGCAACCCUGGCUGCGAACUGGUGUCUCCACGAACUCGGCAAGCUCACCGACUCUUCCUCUACCUCCUCAGAUCCAGAUGUCCUCGAAGGCCUGGCCAUGACACCCCUCGGCGAAUCACCCCUCGUUCCUUCGUCCUCCCUAGCUGCCAUCCUCCACCACCUCUACUCCCGCACCAUCACCGCCAAAGUCGCCAAGGAUCUCCUCUGGGCCGUCUAUCGCGGCGAGAUCCCCGAAGGCGAAACCACCGGCUACAUUGACACCCACGGUCUGUGGUUCAAAGAGUUGUCCGAGGAGGAAUACGCAAAACUGGCGGAUGAGGUUAUCCACGGCGAAGACAAGGUGUUGGGGGAGUUUUUGAGGUGGAAGCAAGGGAAGAUGAAGGCGUAUCCCCAGGGAAAGCUGAUGUUUUUGGUGGGAAAGAUGAUGAGAGGGGGGCCGGAGGGGAGGGUGGAGGCUGCUGGGGCGGAGAGGGUGUUGAGAAGAAGGAUUGAAGAGGUCUAUUUGCCUGAGCUGGAGAGGGGGGAGUAA